AUGGGCUCCAUUGCUUUCAUCACUUAUGUGGCUACAGCUUUAAUGAGCGGGUUUACCGCGGCACAGCCAACCCGUGCGAUCGAUUCGGAUUUUGCCGACCCCUGUGUCAUUCGGGUUGACGGUGGCUACUACGCUUUUGCUACUGCUGGCAACGGAGUGAAUGUCCAAGUUGCAUCAUCCGCAGACUUCUUAACAUGGGAUCUUCUUUCCGAUACAGAUGCCAUGCCUGGUCCAUUUCCCUCCUGGGUAGCUAGCUCCCAAGCAAUCUGGGCCCCCGAUGUUAACCAAAGAGAUGACGGAACUUUCGUCAUGUAUUUCUCUGCCGCUUCAAGUCAGGAUAGUAGCAAGCAUUGUGUCGGGGCUGCUACCUCCUCGAGCAUUACCGGUCCUUAUACCCCGGAGAAUGAUCCAUUCGCUUGCCCUCUCGACCAGGGAGGCGCAAUUGAUGCUGAUGGGUACAAAGAUGGAGACACCUACUACGUCGUCUAUAAAAUUGAUGGAAAUAGCCUCAAUGGCGAUGGCACUACUCAUGCCACGCCCAUUAUGCUCCAGGCUCUUGAAUCCGAUGCCGUGACUCCAAUCGGUGAUGCCACGCAACUCCUUGACCGCGACGACAAUGACGGUCCCUUGAUCGAGGCUCCUAGCCUUGCAAAUAUUGGGGGCACAUAUUACCUUAGCUUCUCUUCCAAUAUGUACAACACGCUCAACUACGAUGUGAGUUACGCCACCGCGGCUGCAAUCACCGGACCCUAUACAAAGGCUCAGGCCCCAGGCGCUCCUCUUCUCGUCUCGGGUGAUGCAAGUGAUGCUGGCGAUCUGGGUGGACCUGGUGGCGCUGACUUCAAUGCCGAUGGUUCGAAGAUUGUGUUCCAUGCCUUUGAGAACGGUCAGAACCUGGACAAGGGGCGUGCGAUGUAUGUCGCCGACAUUGGCGCUUCGAACAACGUACUUAGCGUGCUCUGA